CUGCAUCGUGUAUUCAAAUCAACUAGCAGCGUUACAAUGUUGAUUCCCGACGAGGACGCUUUGGAAGCUUUCGAAAGUUUCACGUUGAUGGUGAAGUGUCUCGGUCUCUACCCACCAGUGACAUGCGCCAGGAAGCGAUCAUCCUUUCGUUACAAGCUCUGCAAUUUGCUAACCAUCGCACUGUCAGCUACUUUCUACGGAUUUCUGCUUCUCUUCCACUCACUAGAUCUGGAAACGAUCAAGCUCGGUUCGGGUUCGCUGAUCACCUCGCGAAUGCACGAUUUCUACUUUGUUUCGCGAUACUUGACAGUAGUGGCGGUGCUUUUACACUCCUUCAUUAACCAAGACAGUGUGGAUCGGCUGUUCUGCCUACUCAACGAGGUGUCCAGUGUGAUGGCUAAUCUGAACAGAAACCAAGGUUCUCGUGCCUUCAUCGGAUACUUUGGAACGCUUCGGUUUGCUCGUCAUCUGCGCUGGAUGUCAUUGGUAUAUCCGCUCAUGUUUGUUGCAAUGACUUGUUUCGUAGAACGCUGGCUACCGAGCUGUGGAUUGCAGGUGCACGCCUUCAAUGUGGUUCGCUUUCUUUACUUUUACUCCUACGUUCAUCUGUGGGUUCAGGCAAUUUUAACGCUGUUCUUGGUGCUUGCUCGAUUCGCCGCAUUGAAUCGCCUGUUUCGGUGA